AAGAAAGAAAGAAAAAAAAAAAAAAAUCUAAGCACCUAAAGCGGUUCAAGCAACAUCAUCGCUGCUUCAGUUUUAGUCCACGUAACAGAUACAAGCAAAGGGUUUAGGGAAAGGGAAAUCUGGUGUACUGACUGCUGCCUGACAUCCUGUUGCAUCGUUUUUUGUUUAGAAUUGCAGCACCGAUAAGGAUAUACCCAGAUGGACAACCUAAGCCCUUCUGAUGAAAAGCCUGUCCAGCGCUCCAAGUCUUUGAGCUUUAAGACACAGAGAGAGACUUGUGCGUCCUGUGACAAGACUGUGUAUCCGAUGGAGAGAUUGGUUGCCAACAACCUGAUCUUCCAUACGACAUGCUUCUGCUGCAAGCACUGCAACACCAAGCUCAGCCUGGGCACGUAUGCGGCGCUGCAAGGCGAGUUUUACUGCAAGCCGCACUUCCAGCAGCUGUUCAAGAGCAAAGGGAACUAUGACGAGGGCUUCGGACGCAAGCAGCACAAAGAGCUCUGGGCCUCCAAAGACGCCGAGAGCAUCACCAAGUCACCGUGACGACCUCGCCACCCUCCUCUUCUACUGAUCUCCAGCGCUUUCUCACCUCUCAACGACUGAAUCUGAUUCUGUCUAAAACCUGCCUCUAUCUCACACACACACACACACAUACACACACACAUCAGUACACACUCCACACAUGCACAAACCAACACAUGAUGGGGCGGGCAUCUCUUCUCGAGCAGUUUUAAAUCUUCUGCCCUUUAGCUUUUAGCAAAUGAUUUUAAAUUUUAAGUUUUUCUUCUUUUUUUUUUUUUCUGCGUGGUUUCAUCCACAACAAUUAACUCACUGAUUGUGACCAAAACCCCACUUCAAAAGGGGAGGUUUUUUUUUUUGUUCUGUUUUUUUUUUAUUUUUAAUUUUUUUUUAUCUUCUAUCAUUUUUUCCAUUCUUUUGUCAGGUACACAUGAUGGCACAUGAAAGGUCCUUUAACUGAACUACUUACACGAAUACAAAAUUUUCAGGAUGUACACUCAGGUAGUGGUUCUGGGCGGUGUGAUCCGUUAUUUCUGUCUAUGGACGAGCAUUAUAUCGUUUAUUAUUAUUUUUUUUUGUAAGAGAGAGUCAGGCGUCCACAUUGCCUUUUUCUUUUUAAUAUAUCAGCAGGGUAUUCUAUCUGUGAAAGUACAGGGUAUAAUGGUACUGUAUGCAUCUCUGCUGAACAUAUCAUACUCAAAAGUCUUAAAGGGUGCUUUCACACCUUAUAGUCCGUUUUUACCAAGUCUGAAACUUGUACUUUCGGUAUGUUUGGUUUGGUUUAGUGCCCGUUGAGUGUCGUGUAGUUAUAAAACCCAAAAUUCAUUAAACAGAAGUGCUCAAUAAAUAAUUAGGCAAUUUACAUAAACAACUAAUUUACCUAGUGUUUAUAUCCUCGAUCUGUCUAAAUCUUUAAUUUUGGCUCUUUGUGUUUCCUGGUGCAUUUGAUUCACCGGAACGAUUCAGAGUCUAAUCGCUUUCUCACUGCAGUUGGACCGGUGCACUGAGACGCUUUCGGACCUGAGUGCGGUUACGGUGUUUUCGUCUGCCUAAAGAACAGCACAGGGAGGAAAAACUCACACCAGGGUUCUGUCCAAACGGACUAAACUAAAUCAGAUAUGAAGGCACUCUUGAGGACCGGUUCACUUCAUCCACUAAAGCACUUGAUUUUUUUUUUUUUUAACUCCGUCUUCACUUUCAUAUUGUUUCUUUACUUUAUGACUGAAUUUCCAAAACCUUACAAAAAUAUACUCCGGCCUGUAACGUUUUUACUGCUUUUGGACUUUCUGGUUUUUAAUUCUCUGCCAUUUUACUCGGUAGUCAGAUGACCAGAAAGUUUUCAUUUUAAAUGUUUUUCUCUGCUCCAGUUACCGCACGAUCGCUGAUCGAUACAUGACUUUACUUCAUUACACAGUGAACGUACUGUAUUUUGCUGAAGUGGAUCGAAGCCGCCGAACCGUGAGGGUUUGUUCUAGCUGCAGUGAAUUUGGUCUUGUGUGAAAUGCUGUUACAGCGUGUCGCACUACUACCUUCCCCCCACUGCCACUUCCUGUCAUCAUAUUGUUCUGUCUGCUUCCUGUUAUCUGCUUUGUGGAUUUGACAGUAUUCGCUCGGGUCUUCUCUAGCAUGAGCUUGUGACGCCUCAUCGUCGCUCAGAAAUGUGCACGGGUCAUAAAGUUUUUGCCCUUUGUUCUCAUCUCCAUGCUAUAAUGAGGGCCUCGUGAGUUCAGCCUUCUUUAGCGUGCUCAGGAGGCCGUGUCCUAUUACCUUUAUGUGCACGUGACCUCAAAUGUCCUGUAAUAUCCUUUAGUGAGUUAAAGUAUCACCUUGUUUCACGAAUGUGGCUGAAAGCCUGAAAUGCAGCGGCUUAUAUUCCUGAGGCUCGAAUGAAUUCGGUGUUUGUGUUUCCAGAUUAAAUCCACUGUCAAAGUCCAGUAAGUGAUUAAUGCCUGUAAUAUAGCAGUCUAACAUUUAACCUUGUUAUGUAAGUUUAGGUCUACCAGCCCAAAGCACUUUUUCAACAUUACACACUCCCCAUUGUAACCAUGUUAAAGGGAGUUUACGACAUCUCCCAGUACUCGAGUUCUGGGUCUUGUCAUUUGGAGCUGAUUACUAUCUAGCGUUCAGGGCCUUGGAAUUUGAAGAGUACAAUUUUGUGUUCAGAGCCCUGUUGUUACGAGUUGAUUUAGAAUAUCUCCCGGUACUCUCUCAUGUUCAGGGUCUUGACAUUUGGGAGGAAAUUUGCAAUAUUUCCUAGUACUAUCUUGUAUGCAGGGUUUUGGUGAUUGGGGGUAAUUUGCAACAUCUCCCGGUUCUAUCUUGUGUUCAGGCUUUAGCAUGUAAAGGGAAUUUGUGACAUCUCCCAGUACUAGUUCAUGUUUACAGCCCUGGUGUUUAGAGUGAAAUUGCAACAUCUCUCACUACAGGGCCUUGGCAUAAUGGUAGCACUGACAGAAGGCCCCAUCUGGUGGUGGGAGAAGAUAUGACUUAUUGGCUGCAAGAACAAGAGUGGCUUUUCUGAUUCAGUUUCAAUCAGUGUGUUUUGUUUUGAUCAUCGUCUUUGAUGUCUUGUAGUGAAGCCGGUCGGUAAAUUGCUUGGUCGUUAAUUGUUUUUCUUGGAAAGUACUUAGAAAGCCAUCGAGAGGCCGAGCAGACGCUUCUUACCGCUUGAAUUCCGUAGAAACCCCUUUUCUUGUCGCACAUGUUUGAGAUUACUGUGAAACUGAAGGCGCUGUGAGUUUUAAAAAUGUAUACAAAGCUCUUGCCAUGAGGCAAAACAAUAUUUUCAUAAGUGUUAAAGUAAGAGUAAAAUAAUAAAACCUGUAUCCAUUUCAAAUCUUUACCCAAAGCUUCUUCCUUUGAGUGUUCAGAUUUCUAUCUGCGUUUUUAUUUUAUUUUAUUUUUUUUACCCUUAUGUUCAUUUCAUAUGUAGAGUUCACAUUUUCACAGGGCUAUAAGGUACAAAACCACACGAUAUUAAAGUGUCAGUUUUACCUCUUUCUAUGUUCAGUGACUAUGGGAAAUGGGGAGAAAGGGUACAAAAUGUCUUUUGCCCGAUGUUCGUUGUAUCUGUGGAUGUUACUUUAGGUGUAAGCCUUAUUUAAAGUAGAACUACAAGCAUUUUAAAUGUACUGUAGAGGAUUGUCAGCAUGUUUCUCGUGAGUGAAGACGUGUGUGAAUACAUAAUGGAGUAUUCUGUGUCUUAACUUCAGAUCGGUGGACUGAACAAGGUGGCCUUAAAACGGCAGGAAGUUAAGAUUUGUUUUUUUUUUUUCUCCGUUUUUAUUCCCCCCCUCUGCAUCUCUAUUAUUCCCACAGUGUCUGUUCAGGUCUUGAUUGCUUUUCAUCACCUGCACAACAGCACCUACCUGGCAACCACUUUUAAAAAGCAUUUUAAAAUGACAUUAUAAACUGUGAGAUCUUAAUUUUUCCCCUUUCUCCGUCGUUCUGUACUCCCUUUCUUUCGACUUUUUUUUUUUUUUUUUUUUAAUUUCUCAUUUUUGUACAUGCUUUUGAAAAAAAUAAAUAAAAACUCACUGGUGUC